AAGGUCCUUCAGCACAUUGAGGCGCCAGUCGUUUCUUUUUGUUUUGAUGGUACAAAUAUGGUGAAAGGAAACGAGUCCAUUAAGGAGUACCGAUCGUUUUAAAACGAAAUAGGAUCGGGAGGUCAAGCAGUGGAAGAUGAAUCUAGAGCUCUUGGAGUCCUUUGGACAGAAUUAUCCAGAGGAAGCUGAUGGCACCCUGGACUGUAUCAGCAUGGCCCUCACAUGCACUUUCAAUCGCUGGGGAACAUUGCUUGCUGUUGGCUGCAAUGAUGGUCGAAUAGUAAUCUGGGAUUUCUUAACCAGAGGAAUUGCCAAAAUCAUCAGUGCUCACAUCCACCCAGUCUGCUCCCUAUGCUGGAGUCGAGAUGGGCACAAACUUGUCAGUGCUUCCACAGACAACAUUGUCUCACUCUGGGAUGUGCUGACUGGAGACUGUGAUCAGAGGUUUCGUUUUCCAUCACCUAUUCUCAAAGUGCAGUUUCACCCUCGAGACCAAAACAGAGUACUGGUGUGUCCCAUGAAAUCGGCCCCCGUUCUGCUGACUCUUUCAGACUCUAAGCAUGUAGUUCUACCUGUGGAUGAUGACUCAGAUCUAAAUGUGGUUGCAUCUUUUGACAGACGAGGGGAGUAUAUCUACACUGGCAAUGCCAAGGGCAAGAUAUUAGUUUUAAAAACAGACUCUCAGGAUUUAGUGGCUUCCUUCCGUGUCACCACAGGCACCAGUAAUACUACAGCAAUUAAGUCCAUUGAAUUUGCACGUAAGGGGAGCUGUUUCCUGAUCAAUACAGCUGACCGAAUCAUCCGCGUGUAUGAUGGCCGUGAGAUCUUGACAUGUGGUAGAGAUGGAGAGCCAGAGCCCAUGCAGAAGCUACAGGACUUGGUCAACCGAACUCCGUGGAAAAAAUGCUGCUUUUCAGGUGACGGGGAGUACAUUGUAGCUGGUUCAGCAAGACAGCAUGCCCUCUAUAUUUGGGAGAAGAGCAUUGGCAACCUUGUCAAGAUUCUUCAUGGCACCCGGGGAGAGCUACUACUAGAUGUAGCUUGGCAUCCUGUUAGGCCAAUCAUUGCAUCCAUUUCCAGUGGUGUUGUAUCUAUUUGGGCCCAAAACCAGGUGGAAAACUGGAGUGCGUUUGCACCAGACUUUAAGGAGCUGGAUGAGAAUGUGGAGUAUGAAGAGCGUGAAUCUGAAUUUGAUAUUGAAGAUGAGGAUAAGAGUGAGCCUGAACAAACUGGUGCAGAUGCUGCAGAAGAUGAGGAGGUGGAUGUGACUUCAGUAGACCCUAUUGUUGCCUUUUGCAGUAGUGAUGAAGAACUAGAAGACUACAAAGCCUUGCUGUAUUUGCCAAUUGCUCCAGAAGUUGAAGAUCCAGAGGAAAAUCCAUUUGGGCCUCCCCCAGAUACUACUGGUCAGAAUGUACCACCUGAUGAUUCUCCGGUUGGUACAGGAGGUGAAAAGAAGCAGAGGCAACCAUCCUCUGAGGGAGUGCCCCCCAAAAAGAAAGCACGCACAACCACCAUUGAACUGCAGGGGGUGCCCAGCGAUGAGGUACAUCCUUUGCUGGGAGUGAAGGGAGAUAGCAAGUCCAAGAAGAAGCAAGCUGGACGACCAAAGGGAUCAAAAGGUAAAGAGAAAGAUUCUCCCUUUAAAGCCAAAAUCUACAAAGGUGACAGAGGGUUGCCUUUGGAAGGAACGGGCACAGCAGGCGGCGGAGCAGGAGGUGGAGGAGGUGGUGGUGGUGGAGGAGGAGGUGCGAAGAGCAAAGUGCAGGCAGAUUUGGUUCCUCUUGAAACAGGUGGUGCUAUUUCUGAACUUUUAUGAAGGAUAGUCUUUUGCGUCUCGCUUUCUCUUCCUCUGGUCUGAGAUUGUGUUGGCAUACUGACUAACUGCAGGGGUUCAGGCACCCCUUCUUGUACAAAGAAUAUAAAAGCAAUGAGUUGGGAGGAAUAAAUAUCCACUCGGGUUGGCGUCAAACAGGACCUUUGGCCUAAAAUGUGGACUCCUUCGAUGACUACAUUGCAGCCUUUUCUUCAGACCCUGGUGGAUUAUUUUUGUAAUUUGAGAAUCAUGUUUGAAUUGUCAUCACUCUCUUAUACAAAAGGGCUUCUAGAGGCACAGCUGUACAGAACACAAACUUUUAUCCUUUGUGCCCUGCUUAUUUGCAGAACUAUGAAGCCUAUACAAGAAUAAAGAAGCCAGAAUUUUAACAUUAUUUCAAGAUUACAAGGAAAUCUCUUGUACAUAUUCCAGCAUUUUGAUAGGCACUGUUUCCAUCAGAGCAUCAUCUCCAUGAGGAAGGGAAGCAUACGUGAUCAUCAUUGACAAGUGAGAUUCAUAAACACUGCAGUAAAACAACACAGGAAGUCUAAUAGUAGUCAUGUCAUGUAUGGAAAGAGUGAGACCAUCCUCUGACAUAACCCUUUCCAGCACCCUUUUUGUUUGUUUUUGUCUUUUUAGAGGUGCUACAGCCACUUAUGAGACUCGGUUGUAGUGAACUUACCUGUGAUACUGAUGUAUUGCAAGCUAAGUCACAUGAUUAAACAUUGUACUGUCAAAACCAGGUAUUGUGUUUUGUUUUUAAGGACUGGACUGGAAGGGGUUGCACAAAAAUCAAGAUAAUUGCUUAAUAAAAGUUCAGAAAAA